UAAAAAGGGAACGGGGGAUAAGGGUGGGGAAGAGAGAAUGAUAGCUGCAAAUGCAAAUUGCAAUGGCAUGUUCCUCAUGUUUGAUUGCAGCGACAUCAACAUGGAAAUUGAAGUCACCACCGACCCUCAAAUUCAAAUGCUAUGCGACUCAGUCACAGUCACAGUGUUCUCUUGUGCACAACGACGACCUUCAAGCUCUCUUACAGAUUCUUCCCUCCGAUUUGCAUCACAAUCUCCUCAACCAACCUAACCGCCCUCAACUUUUGGAGGUUAUAUUGGAUUUGGGCCGUUUUCCUGAAGCGCGCUAUCUAGGCAAAAACGGGAACCAUUAUUUAAGGAAUUCCGAGGUAACGGUGAGAGAGUUGGAAUAUGCUGAAGGAGCAGUUGGAAAUUUUGGGAAGGAUAAUAGAGCUGGUAUUGAAGGUACUUUGCACAGAAUAUCUGCAAUAAGAAGUAGGAAUGGUGGCAUUGUUGGUUUGACAUGCCGGAUUGGGAGGGCUGUCACCGGCCAUAUUGACAUGGUUUAUGAUCUUCUUCACUAUGGCAAGAGCAUUUUAUUUCUCGGAAGACCUGGGGUUGGCAAGACUACUGUUAUGAGAGAGAUUGCUCGUGUUCUGUCAGAUGAAUUUCACAAAAGAGUGGUGAUUGUUGAUACCAGUAAUGAAAUUGGAGGCGAUGGCAAUAUUCCUCAUGCAGCAAUAGGUGGUGCACGUAGAAUGCAGGUAUCCGAGCCAUCAAUGCAACAUAGUGUGAUGAUUGAGGCAGUAGAAAAUCAUAUGCCUGAGGUGAUUAUAGUAGAUGAAAUUGGCACAGAAGCUGAAGCUCAUGCAUGCCGGUCAAUUGCUGAGCGAGGCAUCAUGCUUAUAGGGACUGCUCAUGGACAGCAAAUUGAAAAUGUCAUGAAGAAUCCUACACUCUCUGACCUGAUUGGUGGAAUUGAAAGCGUUACAUUGGGAGACUACGAAGCCAGAGCAAGAAAAUGUCAGAAGACUAUUCUUGAGAGGAAAGCUCCUCCAACAUUUGAUUUCUUGAUCGAGAUGAGAGAUAGACACUACUGGAUUACACAUCAGACCGACAAAAGCGUAGAUAUUUUGCUUCGAGGCAAGACCCCACAGGUUGAGGUAAGAAAAAGAGAUGAGAAAUGCAAGGUUGUAAUCGAAAAAUCUAAAGCAUAUGAUCAAUGCCAAAGUUGAUUUUCCUCCCUUUCCAUUAUAUAAUUCACUUUACGAAAAAUUUGAUGUUUUAAAUUUAUAAACCCAUUCAUUUUGUAAAUUGUGUUUUGUUGACAUUACUAUGUAUAUCUGUGUAUAUCUCUCACUUUAUUUAUUUUUUGACAAAAUUUAUCUCUCA